ACUACUCAAAGGGUUAAGCUCUCAAGAAUAUUCUGGCGCCAAAAAUUCCCACAUUAUGCAUAGAUAUUUUAAGCCUAUUGAGCGAUUUUCCACCGCUCCGACGGUUGACAAACUCAACCGCCACGGUACUGCUACCACUAGUCAACCGCCGCCGACCGACGAUGUUAGAGGAACCGAUACGCCGCCGGAGAAGGUGCCUCGUCGCGUUUUGCCGGCGAAUUUCGCGCCAAAAGAGAACAACUCUGGUCCUUCCUUGUUUGAGAGCAUCAUGCACAAAUUCGUCAAGGUCGACGAUAACGAAAGAAUCAGUAAGAGGAGCUGUCCAUUGAAUGAUAGUUUGUCUAAAUCUUCUCAAUCAGUGGGAAUACGUGCUGAUACUGAUCGUGAAGGGGUGCACAAGGAAGAAGCAGUUUUUCAACCUCUGGUGAAAGCAAAAGAUAAUGCUGUGAAUUUCAAGAAAAAUGCUAAUCAGGAAAACAUGGCACUGAUUGUAACCGAUGACGAUGUUGCUGGACCAGAAACCCCAGGGAUGCAGCCUCUUGCUUCACAGGGAAAGCGUAGUCGUGAUGUUGGAUCCAAGUUUGGUUCCGUGCUAAAUUCUGGAAAACGAGUCAGGUUUCUCGACGAUUCAAUGGCAUUGGACACAAAUAAGAAGGAAGUAGAAAUGGCCAGCAAGUUUGAGUGGCUUGAUCCUUGUCGAAUCAGGGAUGCCAAUGGAAGAAGGCCGAAUAAUCCUUUGUAUGACAGGACGACUCUUUAUAUUCCUCCAGAAGUUUUGACAAAACUGUCAGCAUCACAGAAACAGUAUUGGAGUGUCAAAUGUAAAUAUAUGGAUGUUGUGCUAUUUUUUAAAGUGGGAAAAUUUUAUGAGCUCUAUGAAAUGGAUGCUGACAUAGGUCAUAAGGAGCUUGAUUGGAAAAUAACUUUAAGUGGUGUUGGAAAAUGUCGACAGGUUGGUAUAUCUGAAAGUGGGAUUGAUGAUGCCAUUCAAAAGCUGGUUGCACGUGGGUAUAAGGUUGGACGAGUGGAGCAGUUAGAGACAUCUGAAGCAGCAAAAGCUAGGGGGGCUAACUCUGUUGUUCGGAGAAAGUUAGUUCAGGUAGUCACUCCAUCAACCAAUGUUGAUGGUAACAUUGGUCCUGAUGCUGUUCACCUCCUCGCAAUAAAAGAGGAAAGCAAUGACUUGGAUAAUGGUUCAGUUGUGUAUGGAUUUGCUUUUGUUGAUUGUGCUCGGCUCAGAUUUUGGGUUGGCUCAAUAGAGGACGAUACAUCCUGUUCUGCUUUAGGGGCCUUAUUGAUGCAAGUAUCACCCAAGGAAGUUAUAUAUGACAGCAGAGGGUUGUCCAAAGAAGCUCAGAAAGCACUUAGGAAAUUCUCAUUAAUUGGUUCGGCAGCACUACAGUUCACUCCCGUUCAGUCAAUCACUGACUUGGUGAACUCUGAAAUUAGGGAUUUAAUUCACUCAAAGGCAUACUUCAAAGGAUCAUCUCAUUCACUGGAUCAUGUGCUGAACAAUGUGAUUCAUCGUGAAAUCACCUUGUCUGCUCUGGGUGGAUUGAUUGGUCAUCUGGAUAGAUUGAUGUUAGAUGAUCUUCUACAGAGUGGGGAUUUGUUUCCAUACCAAGUUUACAGGGGUUGCCUGAAAAUGGAUGGUCCAACAAUGAUAAAUCUAGAACUCUUUGUUAAUAAUGAGGAUGGUAGCAAAUCAGGUUCAUUGUACAAUUGUCUGGACAAGUGUGUAACCUCAUCUGGAAAGCGACUCCUUAGGAACUGGAUCUGCUGUCCGUUGGUAGAUGCUGAAAUAAUUAAUAACAGGCUUGAUGUAGUGGAUGAUCUAAUGGCUAACCCAGAGAUUAUAUCACACAUUGCUCAACAUCUUCGCAAGCUUCCAGACUUGGAACAUUUGCUUGGCCGAAUUAAGUCUAGCCUUCAAUUAUCAGGCCCUCUCUUGCUGCCCUUGUUAGGAAAGAAAAUAUUGAAGCAGAGGGUGAAAGUGUUUGGAUCACUAGUUAAUGGCCUUCGGACUGCUUUGAGUUUGUUGCUUCUUUUAGUGAAAGAGCAGCCUCUAAUAUCAUCUUUGACCAAAGUUUUUAAACUACCAAUUCUGACUGGUAGUGAGGGCCUUGAUCAAUUUCUUAUUCAGUUUGAAGCAGCUGUGCACAGUGACUUCCCAAAUUACCAGAAUCAUGACGUCACAGAUUCGGAUGCUGAAACACUCACGAUUCUUGCUGAAUUAUUUUUGGAGAAAGCUGCUCAGUGGUUUGAAGUGGUUCAUGCCAUCAAUUGCAUUGACGUAUUACGAUCUUUUGCUGUUACUUCUAGCUUUUCUUGUGGAACUAUGACUAGGCCGGUCAUAUUAGCAUCAAAAGGAACAAGUGGUGACACUGGGGGAACUGUGCUCAAGAUGAAGGGACUGUGGCAUCCGUUUGCCCUUGGAGACAGUGGACGUUUGCCUGUCCCAAACGACAUAAUCCUUGGUGAGAGUGAAGAUGGGUCUCAUCCUCGCACUUUGCUGCUUACUGGACCAAACAUGGGAGGAAAGUCAACUCUUUUGCGUUCCACCUGUCUAGCUGUUAUUAUGGCCCAGUUAGGCUGUUAUGUGCCAUGUGAAAGUUGUGUUCUCUCAGUUGUGGAUAUCAUCUUCACACGACUAGGAGCCAAAGAUAGAAUCAUGACAGGCGAGAGUACCUUCUAUAUUGAGUGUACAGAAACUGCUUCGGUGCUUCAGAAUGCCACUCAAGAUUCUCUUGUAAUCCUUGAUGAAUUGGGUCGGGGAACAAGCACUUUUGAUGGCUAUGCCAUUGCAUAUGCUGUAUUCCGGCAUCUGAUUGAGAAGGUUAACUGUCGCAUGCUAUUUGCAACACAUUACCAUCCGCUCACGAAAGAGUUUGCCUCUCAUCCACGCGUUACAAUGCAACACAUGGCUUGUGCUUUCAAGUCAAAAUCUGACACGUGUUCCAUGCGUGAUCAGGAACUAGUUUUCCUAUAUCGGCUUGCCUCCGGAGCAUGUCCAGAGAGCUACGGGUUGCAGGUUGCCCUCAUGGCCGGAAUCCCAGAAAAAACGGUAAACACUGCUUCUAAGGCUAGCGAACGCAUGAAAAAAUCAAUUGGACAAAGUUUUAGGUCAAGCGAACAGAGGUCAGAGUUCUCAACCCUUCAUGAAGAAUGGUUGAAAACCUUGGUGUCUAUCUCACGAAUAGAAGAUUGUAACUCGCUGGAUGAAGAUGUUUUGGAUACAUUGAUCUGUGUGUGGUAUGAACUCAAAACUUCAUUUGUAUCAGGCAAGUGUAGAUAGGUAAGGCAGUAGUCUGUCACGUAAAAUUAUUCUCAGUUUGGAAAAUGGAAGCCUUCUUUAUUAUCGUUUAUUAGUUGGGAUACAUUUAGAUAAGAGAAAAUAUGCCACGUAAAA